UCAUCUAGGAAAUUCUGCUGAAUCAUUCAGACAAGUAAACGUGCAACUGCAGUGCUUAUGAAGCUUCUCAUCAUUUAGAAGAGUUUAAAAACAAGUAUGGACCUUUUGCUUGUUGUGUCUUUCGUUGUCGUAUCUGCAGGGCUGUUAUGGAUGCUGCGGAAGUUCUUUGAGGGAGGAUGGUGCUACAGCAAGGCUCGUCUUGACGGUAAAACGGUUCUCAUCACCGGGGCAAACACCGGUUUAGGCAAGGAGACAGCAAGAGAUCUCGCCAGGAGAGGGGCUAGAGUGAUAGUGGCGUGUCGUGAUAUUGCCAAGGCUGAAGAAGCCGUGGCUGACAUCCGCAAAGACACCGGCAGCGACAAUCUGGUAGUGGUCAAACUAGACUUGGCUUCCCUGGCCUCGGUGAGAGAAUGUGCAAAGAAGAUCAAAGCAGAGGAGCCCAGGCUUAACAUUCUCAUCAACAAUGCGGGUAUCAUGAUGUGUCCCGAAUGGAAGACAGAAGACGGGUUUGAGAUGCAGUUUGGUGUCAACCAUCUGGGCCACUUCCUUUUGACUAACCUCCUGUUGGAUCUCAUCAAGUCUUCAGCCCCAGCCCGCAUCGUCAACGUCUCGUCAAUUGGCCAUGAAUUAUUUGGUAAGAUGUGGUGGGACGACAUCAACAUGAGGGCCAACUAUGACCCCAUGGCAGCCUACGGCCAGAGCAAGCUUGCCAAUGUGCUCUUCACAAGAGAGCUGGGCAAACGUCUCAAAGGGACUGGAGUGACUACUUAUGUCCUGCAUCCUGGUAAUGUAUAUACAAAUCUCAUCCAGUACAUGAUGGAUGGUGUGACCUUCCGCUGGCGGAUCAUGGCUUGGGUCAUGUCUACGCCCCUUGGCAGGUUCAUGACGAAGACGCCAGUGCAAGGGGCUCAGACGUCCAUCUACUGCGCAGUGGCUGAGGAGCUGGCAGAGACCACCGGUCUUUAUUUCAGCGACUGUGCUCCGGCCAAGGCCAGUAAACUUGCUAUGGACGACGAUGCCGCUCGCCGACUGUGGGAACUCAGCGCUGAGAUGGUUGGCCUGGAGAAGAAAGUGGAGUAAACUGGAGACGUGCCUUGAUCGGAUAAUGACUGCUCGUAGAAA